AUGGCGGACGUUGAGACCCUGGAUGACUUCGCCGGGAGGCUUGUUGGCAUGGCGGCGCGCUACGCGGCGCUGGGAUCGACCGUGGAGGAUGCGGCUCUCGUAAAGAAGCUGCUCGACUCGGUGUCGAACCGCCUGUACGCGGCGGUGGCCGGGAUUGAGCAGUUCUGCGACGUCGACUCGAUGCUGUUCGAGGACAUGCUGGGGCGGCUGAAGGCCUUCUACGAGCGGCUGCGUAGGCGCGGCCAGGACGGAGGCGGCCAUGGCGGGGACCAGCUGUUGUACACCGUGGCGCAGUGGAGGGCGCGGGAGCGCCGUCAGGGCGGUGCGCGGGACGACGACGACGCGCGCAGCGAGGCUUCGGGCUUCGGCGGGAACCGGCGCGGCCGCUGCUACAAGUGCGGCGAACGCGGGCAUUUCAAGCGCGAAUGCCCAUAG